AAAGAACCCUCUAGGGAAAACUUGUUGUUUAAAAAAACAAAACAAAACCUAAACUCCUACGCGUUCUACUUCCAUGCUGUUUGUCAAAUCUACUUUAAGCAGUUAAAUGCUGAAGGAUAUUAAACACUUGGCUCGCUAUUCCAAGCUCACUUUUUAACCUUGGAGAAUUUGAAAUUGGAAAGAAAGGGAAAAAAAGAUCUGCUAUCCCUGAAUUAUGUUUUAUCAGAAGAACGAAAAAUUCCAUCCAUCUGGACAUAAAUAAAAUAGAAGGAAUUGUAUCUUAUUAAUAUAAUAUCUCGUAGCUUCUGCCUGGGUCACCAAUUACUGGUUAACCUUUUGACAAAUUUUAGGCUUCUGCUUAUAUUUACCCACUUCCCCGCACGAUGAGAUUAUUGUAAUUGUCCUUUGGGGCGGCACAUCCAACACCAUCUUUUGACGGAACACUUUUGAAUUGUACACAGCAUUUGGGCUGGAAGAUUGGCGCCCCUCAAAGCGCGAACUUGCCGGGGGCUAACGCAAAUCCCCUCUGGCGACUCGUCUGGGACGAAAGGCGUUUUCUUCAGUGUUGCUCACACAGAUCUCAUCUGGAAAGAGGCUGUUUAAAAUGAGUGUGUCAUUCCCUUUCUGUCACUAGGUCACCCUACUUACGGCUUAGCUGAAGUGCGUUCUGCAAUUACGCUUAUCCAGGACCAAACCUUUAGAAGAACCUGAAAAUUUUAUCACUACACUUCAAUUCGAUUAAGUUUUCCUGGAGACUGAAAAGUGAACUGCAUUUUUUUUUUUUUUUGCUGGAAAUGAAGAUGUACAUGUUUUGAGAAGCUACAAUAGUAUUUUCCUAAAAAUUUAAAGUGAUUGUUCUUCACCCAUUCCAGAUGGAUUCUUUAUUGUUUGCCAAUGGGUUGCAGAUGCCCACCCCUUUAACCAAGUUGGUUAACUGCUUAUAAAAUGUACACUGGCUGAUUAAACCUUAAAUACUGGAAGAAAUUUCUUCUGGGACAUUCCACAUGUCUUUGCAGUAAUUACGAAAUUAGUCAAUUGUCACCUCUAAAAACAAACUUCGUUUUGAAAACAGCAAGCAAGAGCAGACUACAGAUAUAGUCAUAAUUCACAAAAAGUAUGUACAAAGCGGUAUUUAAAAUUGAAGGAAGGGUGAUAUAUGCUGGAAUAUACAAUCUACAACUGAUUGACUUUACCCUACGGAGAAGAUAGUUAUAUUAAACGUGUUAAGAUGUGGAAAUUAAUCCGGCGAGCGCGCCAAGUAAAACUACAAAAAGCCCUUUGGGUUUCUCUGCAGGGUCUUCAGGACGCAGAGAACCAGUUGUUUGGUUUCUCACAGUGUAAGGAAAAGUGGCACGGAGAAGGAAGGGGGUGGGCCUUGCUUGUGCGUGAAUUUUGAACUGAGUCACCUUCGGCUCAUCUCUGUAACAGGGGGAACCUCCAGCAAACCUGUGCCUUUAAGACUCAGUUGCUAUCCAAACACAAGUAAACAGAGUGGACCAUUAGCGGGCGCCGGGCUCGGAGGCGGAGCCAGGCUCCGUGGGCCCCGCGCGGCUGCAGGACGCCCGCCCGAAGGGGAGGCGGGGCUGCUACUAAAGCCCGGGACUCCGGGCCGCGAGCAGCCUGGGGAGGGACGCGGGCGGGGACAGAGCUCCGAGCGCGCGCUGCUGGAGGGUGAUGGCCCUGCGAGGCUGCAGACUCCGACCUUACCCGGAGUCCGCGGCAAGAGGCUCGCGGAGACGCGGGGUUCCGGACGAGCGCUGAGCCCCGGCUUAACCACCCCCCCGGGCUUUACAAACUCCACGUCCACAGUCCCCCACGAAGGCGAGGAUCCGCUCUAGUUUUUGCUGCUCGUCGUCCUCCAGAUCAUGUCCGCGGCUCCCGGGAUUCCGCUCGGAAAAAGAAGUUUGCCCGGCGAGGACCCAAUGACCUUUCCGAGCCGUGCGCCUCACUACCUGGGCCGGGUCUGAGCGAAGGUGCCCAGGCGGACCUUUCCGAGGGAGGGUUUUCUCUGCGUGCCUUUGUCUCUCUGGGUUCUCGCCGGAGCCCCACGCCCACCUGCCUCUGAGUCCUGGAAGACAGGGACGGCUCCCUCCGCCCCCCAGCACCAGGGAAAAUGGGGAGCAAGGCCCUGCCGGCGCCCAUCCCGCUCCACCCGUCGCUGCAGCUCACCAAUUACUCCUUCCUGCAGGCCGUGAACACCUUCCCCGCCGCGGUGGACCACCUGCAGGGGUUGUACGGUCUCAGCGCCGUGCAGACCAUGCACAUGAACCACUGGACGCUGGGGUACCCCAACGUGCACGAGAUCACCCGCUCCACCAUCACCGAGAUGGCGGCGGCGCAGGGCCUCGUGGACGCACGCUUCCCCUUCCCGGCUCUGCCCUUUACCACCCACCUCUUCCACCCCAAGCAGGGAGCCAUUGCCCAUGUCCUCCCAGCCCUGCACAAAGACCGGCCCCGUUUUGACUUUGCCAACUUGGCCGUGGCCGCCACGCAAGAGGACCCCCCUAAGAUGGGAGACCUGACCAAGCUGAGCCCGGGGCUAGGUAGCCCCAUUUCGGGGCUCAGUAAAUUGACUCCGGACAGAAAGCCCUCCAGAGGGAGGUUGCCCUCCAAAACGAAAAAAGAGUUUAUCUGCAAGUUUUGCGGCAGACACUUUACCAAAUCCUACAACUUGCUCAUCCACGAGAGGACCCACACGGACGAGAGGCCAUAUACGUGUGACAUCUGCCACAAGGCCUUCCGGAGGCAAGAUCAUCUGCGGGAUCACAGGUAUAUCCAUUCCAAAGAAAAACCUUUCAAAUGUCAGGAGUGUGGGAAAGGAUUUUGUCAGUCUAGAACUCUAGCGGUUCACAAAACUUUACAUAUGCAGGAAUCUCCACACAAAUGUCCCACAUGUGGAAGAACCUUUAAUCAGAGAAGUAAUCUGAAAACUCACCUUCUCACCCAUACAGACAUCAAGCCCUACAGCUGCGAGCGGUGCGGCAAAGUGUUCAGGCGAAACUGUGAUCUGCGGCGGCACAGCCUGACUCACACCCCGCGGCAGGACUUCUAGAGAAGCCCAGGAUGUGUCCCGUGCCGCCGCUGCUCCCCUCCCCAGACACUUCUCCACGCCUCCCACCCAAGGGUCGCACCCCCAACCCCUCACUGACCCCAGCUCUUCCCUUGCUGUAGCCGCACCUGCAGCUCCAGGGAGUUAACUCUUCUUCUCGAGGACUGAGGACUGUAGAAAGCCACACAAGUACAUCCCUUCACAAAGAGUAUAUGCUAGUUUCUUGUAGAUAUUCACAGCUCAUUUUAGAGCUCUGUACAUAAUGUCGUGGGUCUUCGUUUUGUUGUUUUGUUUUGUUCGUUUUUGUAUCUUGUUGGAUGCACCUAGAUAUGGAAAAUGGAAGCCAAAUUUAUCUUUAAAGAGUGUAUUUUCAAAAUAAAACCUUUUCUUGUUUGUUUCAA